UCUCAAUUACAAGUAGUUGAUGUGGUUCUCCAUAAAGCAACAGAUGAAAUCAUGUCCAUCGAAUUGGGAAGCAAUUCAGAAUCUUCCAACGGAGUCACAUACACCUCAGGCAUGCAGGAGCUGCAAAGGUUUAUGGAGCAUCACUCUAAUUUCUUUGCAAUUGACCCCCUUGAUAAUAUAUACCCAGUAUUGGAUCGGCUGAAAAUCCAGCUGGUUCUGCUUGGACUGCAAGAUCUCAAUGCAGAAGGCCACCUUACAAUCAGGGGGGCCCAUUUUCUUAAGGUCAAUGAUUUUAAUGAAUCUGAUUUGGCACAAAGACUACCAGAAGCUAAAUUAUCUUUUCCAUGUAUAGUGAAACCUCAAGUUGCCUGUGGUGUGGCUGAUGCUCAUAGUAUGGCAACUGUCUUUGAAAUAGAAGAUUUUAAGCAUUUGAGNAGCUUUUCAGAUUUGAUGGAAAAAAAGUUCUUGUAUUUGUCUGCUUCAUUGAAAUAUAUAAGAUUCAUGCUUAUUUGGGGAUUUGGUUUCAAUGCCUUUCACCAGAGCACAAUGUUUACUUGGAGAAUUUGUCUAUAUGCAGGUCUUUAUGAUUACGAGCUCCAUUGUUUUGUUGGUCUGGUUCUUGGAUUCGGAGAAAAUCUGCAUAGUUUGAAGCGACUGUACAUCUCAGAUUUGUGGUAA